AUGUCACUCGGGUUGCCGGAAGCCAAGCCCGACACGAUGGAGGAGAUCUUUUCCGACAAGUGUCAACGCAUCAAUCUUGACCAUUAUAGCAUUUACCACUUUGAAGAUAUGGUCAUCGACGGCCGAAAAUACCAAUACCGGCUCUCUUCCAAGGGUGAUGUAAUGACUGUUGUCGGUACGUUCGCUGGUCAAGCAAUACUCAUGGUCUCUGUUUGGACAAAUAUGGAGCACGAAAAUAGGAUUCGAGAAAUUCAUCAAUACAUCCUCGAGAGGGAAGCUGCCGGAGUUAACACAAGUCCAUCCCAAGGGUUAAGCAAGGUUCCCAACUCCAGACUCCCAAAACCGAGGACCGCUCAUGCUCCCGAGCUCUCCGUGGUCAUGAGAAGUCUCGCGUGUUCGCUUGGGCUCAGCCAACGCCACGUCGAGGUCCCUCACAAGUGUCCUCAGUGCAGUGUCUGUUCUUUCGCCUCUAGUUGCCGCGCAUGGGGCUCUGUCAUGGGCCACCUAGUGAGUUUCUCUCAGCCACUUCGAAUGGCUCCGCCAGACGGCGAUGUGUGUGCGCUUGUUGUGCCCCACCUCACGAAAGACGUGCGUCGUCACCAGUUCCCGUCUGGAAGGUACCAGCCUCCCACCUAA